CCGCAUCCACAGCUGAUGAUGACCAACGUUUUAGCUGCCAACGCUACGGAACUUAGCACGCAGCUAGCGGUGUAGUAACGUCGUUAAAAUGUGUACGCGGUGUUGGCAGUGAAUGUGUUGUUCUGUGUUCCCGGGCAAAGGCGUGUGGUGGAAUAUAGACGGGACACACAAAUGUGCUCCUAUGCUUCACCGGGGACCCAGUGCCACGCUUAGUUCGCCGCUACUCACAUUAGCUAACUUGUGUAGUCUGACAGGAGAAUCAGAGGAGUGUCCGGCUAGCAGCUAGCAGGUUAGCCACUACACAGCGGAGCUAGCUAGUUAGCGCUCUGUUUUGUUCACUACUUUGGUGUGGCUCGACUGCGUUUGAACGCUGUUGUUUCAAGUGGUAGCAACCUAUGUGAGUCCUGGAUGAGAGCUGGACCUGAGCUUUGGGCUAUCUAUGAUGUUCAGAGCUUUCCUCGUUAGGUCACCUGACCCUUCUUAGUCCAUUUAACCAAUCAUCUAUUCCAACACCCAAACAAAUCUCUGCUUGGCAACAAUAUGAUCAUUUACACCGACCCCACCCAGCCCACAGGGACAAGAAUCCCCCAAAAACAAGCUCUCCAAAUGAUAUGAUAGUAGCCGCCUGGAUCACUUUUUGUGCCUGCAGGAGCCUUGCACGGGUUCUGCUCUUCCUAUCCUCCUCAAACUCCCUUCCUCCAUUCUGGGAGACUGUUGCCAGUGUGGUUUCCGGCACUGGAAGCAUGGGUAACAGCUGUGUGUGCCGAGAAGACAGUGACUUGGAGGACCAUCACCAUGGGUCAUCGAGAGCGACUCGAGGACAAGCUAGGCGGGUGGAUCAUGGUACAGGCGUAGGUGUUGACACCGUAGAGGCUCGAAGCAGUCGGCCAAGGGACCCAGUCAGGCCACCACGCCGAGGGCGAGGACCCCAUGAGCCUAGACGGAAGAAGCAGAAUGUGGAUGGCCUGGUGCUGGACACACUGGCUGUCAUCAGGACACUUGUAGACAAUGACCAAGAGCCCCCUUACUCCAUGAUCACUUUGCAUGAGAUGGCAGAGACGGAUGAUGGCUGGCUGGAGGUCGUCCAGUCUUUAAUACGAGUGAUUCCACUGGACGAUCCACUUGGCCCUGCAGUGAUCACCCUUCUACUAGAUGAGUGUCCUCUCCCCACCAAGGAUGCUCUCCAGAAACUCUCUGACAUGCUGAGUCUGAGUUCGGCUGUUGCACGACAGGACGCUCUAAACCCUGCUAAGCACAGAAACACCACCGCUGUUUUGGGAUGCCUGGCAGAGAAACUGGCUGGACCAGCCAGCAUUGGAAUGUUGAGCCCUGGAACCCUUGAGUACCUCCUAGAGAGCCUGAGCUCUGAGGCCCACCCCACUGUCAUGCUGUUUGCUCUCAUUGCUCUGGAGAAGUUCUCCCAGACCAGUGAGAACAAACUGACGGUGUCUGAGUCUUCUAUCAGCAAUCGACUCGCUGUCCUGGAGUCGUGGGCAGAGCAUCCCGACUACCUGAAGAGACAGGUUGGAUUUUGCUCACAGUGGAGCCUUGACAACCUGUUUCUAAAAGAGGGUCGGCAAUUCACUUAUGAGAAAGUCAACCUCACUAACAUCAAUGCCAUGCUCAACAGCAACGAUGUCAGCGAGUACCUAAAGAUCUCCCCUACCGGACUAGAGGCACGCUGCGAUGCUUCGUCCUUUGAGAGCGUGCGCUGUACUUUCUGUGUGGAUUCAGGCGUUUGGUACUAUGAGGUGACGGUCAUUACAUCAGGAGUGAUGCAAAUCGGAUGGGCCACCAAGGACAGCAAGUUCCUAAACCAUGAGGGGUAUGGAAUAGGAGAUGAUGAAUAUUCAUGUGCGUAUGAUGGCUGCAGGCAGCUCAUCUGGUACAACGCUCGCAGUAAACCUCACUCUCAUCCCUGCUGGAAGGAGGGAGAUGCCAUCGGCUUCCUGUUGGACCUCAGCAAGAAGCAGAUGAUCUUUUAUCUGAACGGGCAUCAGCUGCCGCCAGAGAAACAGGUUUUCUCAUCAGCCACGUCUGGUUUCUUUGCGGCAGCCAGCUUCAUGUCCUACCAGCAGUGUGAGUUUAACUUUGGGGCCAAGCCUUUCCGUCACCCACCCUCUGUCAAGUUCAGCACCUUCAACGACUUCGCUUCACUGCUGCCCAGUGAAAAAAUCAUUCUACCGAGACACCGGCGUCUGGCCUUACUGAAGCAGGUUAGCAUCCGAGACAACUGCUGCACGCUGUGUUGUGACGUCAUGGCGGACACAGAGCUACGGCCUUGUGGACAUGGUGGUAUGUGUAUGGAGUGUGCCUUACAGUUAGAGACGUGCCCAUUGUGUCGCCAAGACAUCCAGACCCGCGUCAGACUCAUUGCACAUGUCUCCUGACACACUUCCUGCCCUUCCUCCAAUAACGAGAGACACACAAGCCCCACAACCUCCUCCUCCGAUCCCCUCUCUGCCAACAGGGCCACGAGGACGGUGCCACGACGUUGUGACAAUGCCAGAACUGUGAGUUCUGGUCGGAGGAGGCCACGAUGGAGGGCUGGCGAGAAGAAACGGAGGAGAUGAGAGGAGGGGGAAUUAUACCACAGCUGGAUCGCUGGGAGCUUUCCCUCAUUUACCUACAUCUCCUCUUUUAUAUCCUUCUGACAAGUCACUGCAGAAGCUGGGCCAAGUAUCGUCAACUUUCUACAAACAGUACAUUUUUCAUGAGCAGACAUGAGGAGCACAGACAAUUUAAUCAGAUUACAGACAGAACCAACUUCUCAUCUGCAAACCCCUGUAUAAUGUAAUCAAAAAGCGUCCUUUCAGAUAAGAGCAUCCCACUUCGCUUUCAGUCCAGAGGCUACUACUAUUUAAUCCCAUCACCAUCAUGCACACGUCUGCAGAUCUGACAGGGCCGAGAAGAAGAAAACAGCACAGCCUGUAGUACAGUAUUAAACCCAAGGUACAGAUAAAUUUGAGAUGUAUCUCACUUUCUUGUUUUUGGCUGCACAUAUACGAAUUAUGUCUUCAAAGUAGCAUUUUCAUUCUUGUUUCCAACACUUAUGCUUUAGGCGGCUUUGCUGUCUGAUUGACCCACCCACUUCUAGGGUUUGUCAUUGCAAAACUACGUUGUCCAGUAAAAGAUCAGGUUUUACUCUUGGUGUCAGAAAACGUAAAAAUUCUGUGAGUUCUGUUUUCUGAUUCAGUUUAUAAAACUGUUCAAAAUCAAUCAGCUGUCACACAAGAACGAAAGUUAAGGACAUAACAAAUGUUAUGUAGCCAGUAAAAAAACCACACUUCAGUCUGUAUUAGAACUAAAGGAUUCUCAGCGUGGCUGACCCUGCUGUUUUUUGUGCUUCAUUGUCUUAGCUCAGAUGUUCCUUCAGUCUCCUUCUUAUCUUAUGUAUGAAGCAACCAGAAAACACAGGGAUUGUAAGUUACAGGAAUUUAUUGUAUAGACAACAUCAAACAUUUUUCCCCUCAAUUAUAAAUUCAUGUUUUGGAGAACCAAUGACCGCCACUACCUUCUGAAUUUGUCCGGUAUUUCUUGAUCAAUGACCAAUCUGGCAACACUUUCUGAUGUCGCUUCACCAAAUGAGUCUGGCUCAUUUGAGGGGCCACAUAAGUAACUAUGUCUUAAUUGCUGUUUGUGAUUGCAAACAAGUUUCGAUCCACGAGAUGUGAUUUAAUUUUAUAUUGUAAAUGAGAGUGAACACUGAGGUUGCCUGGAAAGUACAACAGGUUUUGUUGAUUUUGACAGUGUUUUAUGAGCUGAGCAGUAACUAGUUUGAAGCAAAUGUGAAAUGUUCAAGUGAAUUGUUCCUGAAUCAGUUUUCACCGGGUCAUUCUUAUGACGGUGUAAUUUUUGAUCUGAUUUGGCAGUGAAAUACUUGACUUAAAUCAGCAAAAACACUACCCACAGCACAGUGGCAUGACCUAGUGUGUGGGCUUUUAGCACAGAAAUUGUAUUUAUGUUUCACUUGCUACAAAUCAUAGCAGUCUUUGUGGGAUUUCUUGCAUACAUAAUUGAUCUAAAAGUUUGUCCAAAGUGUGUUUAUCCAGUUGAUGGGGUCAGACUGAGUAGAACGUGAUUUCCCUCUUUGGCAUCUGUACAACAUGACACAUGCUCGCAUUUUGCUAUUCCUCCAUCUUCCUGCCUCUGUCUUAUACCUGGUGUUUUCUGUCUGUCUCUCUGUCCAUCCUUUACUUGAAGCACCUCUGGGUUGAUUGAAUGACAUUUGUAUUGUGGAAACAGGUGACGAAUUUGACGUACGAGAGGUCAUGAUUCAAGAAAUAUUCUGUUUGUACAAUUUUAAACAUUCAGUAGCAUUACAAAUUAUAACACUGAAUAAUUUAUGAAUAAUUAAUCUUGGUCAAAUUGUUUAUUAAAGAGUUCCUACUCCACCAAAUUGCAUGAACAGAAUCAAUAAAAUCAUUCAGAUUAUACUCGGAUGGUUUCUGAUGAGAACAUGCAUCUCUCAGUAUGACAAAAGGCUGGUUUGGUCAGUGUUUGUUACCUUGUAUUUCCUGGAGCACCUUAUACAUGGAGGUGAGAGACAAGUUAUCUCUGUGUUUGGGGAUAAAGUUCAGGACUGUAAAGAUUAAAUUGUGAGUUGUAUUUAAAACAUCUAUAAAGGAAAUUUGCCCCAGAGUUCCCAAAGAUGUGAUUUAUUGAAGAAUUGUUGUUUCCUGGAUUGUGAUAUUUGUAAUAAAUGUAUGUACAUGUGA